AGUGUGCAGUGACGUAGGACAGUCUAUGCGAUCGCAUGCUGGAGUUUGUACUAUUUGCCUAUGGAGGCUGAGAGAGCAGUACCGCAAACAAAAUAUUUCAAAUUCUAAAAGCAGUCGGUCGAACUGCAGUGAAGUGGAAUCGGAGCUGAAACACCCAAAGAGCGAGAAAGACUGUGGCCCGCCACUGCGUUAAGAGGAUACCGGUGUAGUUUUGUCAAAAACAUCUUAUUAGGCGAUUUCUGAAGCUGAGCCUGGGAAGCACUCUUCCCUUUUCACUUUUUGGAGCGCAGUGGGCAGAUUUAAUGAAUGCUGUGGUGUAUGUUGCCUAGAUAUUAUAAGUUAAAUGCUAUUUUGGAGACCUUAGCAUUGAGAAAAUAAAUAUUGGAGCACCUGACCAGUCGCACAUCGAACAAAAAAAAACAAUACAUGAGAGGACUGUUAUGAAGAGGGAUUGAAAAAGGACGACGCAAAAGGCUGUCAACGCUUUGAAGUUGGCGAGACCCGACAUCAAUCUCUGGCCGAAUUUCAAUAGGCCCACUGAAUUAAUUAUUGGAUACUGCGGACGGAACCUCUAAUGUUCGUUUUAUGUACAUGGCUAUUAUUAAAACCAAGCUAAACGCAGUCCUCUGGAAAGUCCAUUCACCGGAAUAUAUAGCGGUGUAAUACAGAAAGAAAUAGACUACUACGGAUCAACAUUAUACAAAAAAAAUAUUUCCGAAGAGACGUUUGAAUUUCCUCUGAAAUGGACUGACAUCGAUUAAAACCAAACAUAUCUCAAUAAGAUAAUGACCGGCAAUUUAGAGGCUGUGUUAUAAAAUAAAUGAACAUUUUAUACUUUAUUGGGACUUCAUAUUUGAGAAAAUGCAUAACGAUAAGUAACUGUUGGUUGUUCGUGUGGGCAAGAUUUAUUCCGAAAGUUGCGUGAUAUCCUCUCUUGUGAGAAUUGAGUAUCCCUAAUCCUGUACCAGAGGCAUCGCGUGGUAACACGGUAACUGCGGGAAGGCAGGAGUGCAGUUUGGAGGUAUCAGCAAAUAAACGCACAGAAAAAUGUGGCUGCGAAUUCUUCCCCAGGUGCUGACCAUCUGGGCUGUGGUGAUCUCUGGGACAACGGCUGACCUGACCUGUGAUACACUGCUCCUGCUGUCCACCAAUCUCACUGGUGAGGCCCUCCUCCAAUCGUCUAAGGACAGUUUUCUAUCACGUACGUUGGCACUGUGGAAUCUGACCCUCACGCCCAGCAAUGUCACUGCCGGUGACUACCUCAUGAAGCUGGUUGAGAGAAUGCCAAGAGUGUGCAAAGCUGUCAUCAAGGGCCUGUUCUGUAACAUGUCCAUCGAUCCCAUCGGUACCUGCUGGCCCAAGAGCACUGCAGGGGAGUGGGUGUCACGGCCAUGUCCAGAGAUGUUCUAUGGUGUCAAAUACAACACCACCAACAAUGUGUACAGAGAAUGCCUUUCCAACGGGUCCUGGGCCGUGAAAGGCAACUACACCCAGUGUCAAGAGAUUCUCAAUGAGAAAAAGAGCAAGCUGCACUACCACAUAGCCGUGAUCAUAAACUACAUGGGACACUGUAUCUCUCUGGCAGCCCUGCUGGUGGCCUUCAUCCUCUUUAUGAGGCUGAGGAGUAUCCGCUGCUUGAGGAACAUCAUUCACUGGAACCUGAUCACAGCUUUCAUCCUGAGGAACGCCACUUGGUUCGUCGUACAGCUCACCAUGAACCCUGAGGUGCACGAGAGCAAUGUGUUGUGGUGCCGGCUGGUCACGGCAGCCUAUAACUAUUUCCACGUGACAAACUUCUUCUGGAUGUUUGGGGAGGGCUGCUACCUGCAUACAGCUAUCGUGCUCACCUACUCCACGGACAAGCUACGGAAGUGGAUGUUCAUCUGCAUCGGGUGGUGUAUCCCUCUUCCAAUCAUCAUCGCAUGGGCCAUUGGCAAGCUUUACUACGACAACGAAAAGUGCUGGUUUGGGAAGAAGGCAGGAGUGUACACAGAUUACAUCUACCAGGGUCCAAUGAUCCUGGUGUUGCUGAUCAACUUUAUAUUCCUUUUCAACAUUGUGAGAAUCCUAAUGACUAAGCUGAGAGCCUCCACAACCUCAGAGACAAUACAGUACAGGAAAGCGGUGAAGGCCACUCUGGUGCUGCUGCCUCUCCUGGGCAUCACCUACAUGCUAUUUUUCGUCAACCCGGGAGGGGAGGAUGAGGUCGCCCAAAUAGUCUUCAUCUACUUCAACUCCAUCCUGGAGUCUUUUCAGGGCUUUUUCGUGUCAGUGUUUUAUUGCUUCCUGAACAGCGAGGUGCGUUCUGCGGUUAGGAAGAGAUGGCACCGCUGGCAGGACAAGCAUUCAAUCAGGGCUCGGGUGGCACGCGCCAUGUCCAUCCCCACGUCGCCCACGCGGGUCAGCUUCCACAGCAUCAAGCAGUCCUCGGCUGUUUGAGGACCAGCAACACUCUGCUUUGGCUGAACUCCCCCAUCUAACCUCUCACCGCCAACCACCCCUCCAACAUGUCCCCCACAGAGCACUGCUUUCCCCUCUUCUCUCCAAACCAACCGAGGGAAACAGCUACCGUGAUGGUUCACACAGGGUACACUUGGUCUGUAAACACAGACCUCACAUACCCCCUCCCAGGGUGCGGUGACCUCUGUAGUCUCUCGCCUGCUAAUACAUUGAGGUACGUUCGCUCAGUGCAUUCCCUCUGGAAGCUACAGACAGUCAGGAUGACAAUGGCCAAACUAAGUAAUGUCAAGAGCGGACUUUUUGCCAAAAGGCUGCACAGAGAAUUGGUACAAUCCCUGUGGCAUUGGCAGAUUCAGCUGAAAGGGGACUUUUGAUGUCAGAUGAAAAAGAAAAUCACGUUUGUCAGUAAGUCCAGUGUUCUCUUAUUCUAUUUUAUUCUGCAAAAUCCAGAAGUUGAAGUCCAUAUGGAUGGAGUUAGUCCAUAUGGAUGAAGUUGGAGUCCAUAAGAAUACUUUGAAAGUGGGAAGAAAAUGGCACUGGGGCACGUGCUUGUAUCAGUGUCAAAUACAUGAUCCCUGUUGGACUAACUGACCUUUUCAAGAUCAUUGACAAAAACAAUUUGAUUCUCGUUCCUUUGCAUGUUUUUAUUUUCUGUGGAGCAAUUUUUGAACUUUGAGCUGGCUAUGCUUACUGGCGCUGCAUCGUAAAGCGAAUGACCGUCAUGGACCAUUUAUUUCAUGUCUUUCCAGACUACUGUCUCUAGUAAACAUUCUCCCAUUCCUUCCUUUUGUUUUUCUGAUUAAUUAUUAUCUUGUUCUGGAUGUGAUAUCUUUGGCCACCAUUGAAGAUGGAUGCCUUCCCCAUUAUCCUUACAACAACAACCAAGGCAUUGUGCAAGCGGAAAAAGUGAUGUGACAUCCAACACUGUUACUAAUGGGAAUGAACUGUGAAAAUUGGUACACACUGUCAAAUCUACCUAGAGGACAAAACAGUUGUGUUUGUGUUGCCCAGUUCUUUCAGGAAGUAAAUAUUUAGCAUAUCUCCUCAAACUGUAAUGACUUCUUCUCCUUCCUUUCAUCUUAGCCUUUUCCUGGGACUCAAACGUAACGUUGGCUUAGAGAUAGUCAGACCUGGGGGGGUGAAGGAAGAGCGGCAGUUUAACAUCAAUAAGGCAUUUCACGCCUGGUAAGGUUGAGUUUUUUUGAGGCUCAAGCAAAUACAAACACACACAUAUGGAGAGGAUUUAUCAUAGGCUACAGUAUGAAACAUAACUGAAGAUAUUUUUUCUUUUGCGUAAGGUUGUAAAAGGUGUUAAUCUUCAACUGAUUUAAGCACACCUUUAUCAAAGCACUUUUUUAUUUAUUUCAAAUUCAAAAAUGACCAGGACCGUAAUAAGAUAACGCCCACUUUAGUAUAGAAUUUUGAAAGCUGGAUUGGGAGAAAUGCCAAUUAUUAAUAUAAUUAUUUUGGCUAGCUAUGUUAAGGUCUGAGAGGAACGUGGAUGUUUUGGUUGCUUCAUCUCUGCAACUUGCAAAACGUAUCUAUACUAAAUCUUCAGACUAAAUCAUUUUGUUCUUCAAACUCUUUCUUGCCAUCAAACAGGUAAUAUGUUAUAUUGCUAUUUUGUCGUAGAAAGUACCCAAUGGGCACACACAACAACAUUGUUUCCACAUCGUUUCAACAAAAUGACAUUGAACCAACAUGGAAUAGACAUUGAAUUGACGUCUGUGCCCAGUGGGUACUGACAAUACUUUGCUGAAAUUCUGCAAAUCCUUUCAAAUUGAAACACCCAUUAUGAAGGACCAUAACAAAUCGGAUCAUCAUUCCAACAUAAAACCAUUUAUCAGAUAUUGUCAUGCACAUAGCACAACUUUUUAUGUUUGAAUGACACAUGAAUAAGUCAAAGUAACUAGGAAAAGAUGAACACAAGGUCUGGCAGAUGAUUGAGUGAAUGCUGACUUCUUGUGGUUUGUUCUGACAAAGGGGAAUAGAGUUAUGCAUAUUCAGAUAGACGUUGUCUAGACAGGACCAGUCUCAAAUGUUUUGCAGUAGGAUUCCCCUCUCUCCCUCUUUCUCUCGCUGAAAAAUAUUGUAAUUAUGAGUACAAAAGCUGAAAUAAUUCACAAUCAUCAGCUCCCCAAAAGUUCCCUUCUUUUUGUUGUUCUGUACAUUGGCUAAUGUGGGAGCCCUCCCAAAAAGCUUGUGAGCUUGAAGCUUGAAUCUCAGGGCUCAGAGAACCAGUUGGCUUCCACACACUACCCCACACAGCACAGGAUGAAACCAAUUAAGACCAACGUUUUACUUGGUGUUGUUAAGAUAGCUCACCCCAGUAGGUAGAGCUAUGAGAGGACUGUGAGAGCUAUAAUGGCCUCACCCACAAGGACUUCUCAUCUGCCUCUCUCUCUCGUGCGCGUUGUCUGCUAAUUAGCUCUAUCUGCAGGGAAGUCACAGCUAGUUUGUCUGAAAGCUGAGAGCCAGGGACAAUUCAGGAAAGAGAGAAUAGUACCAAAGCCUGUACCCUGACACUGUCCCCUGCUAUGCAACAUCUCUAUGAAUGAGCGAGUGAAUGGAAGAACUGAGAAUUAAAUGAAAAGGGAUUCUGUGGUAUAGAUAGAGGCAGGGAUAGGAACUGGGACUUGCUGGGAAUUGACUUAAAAUGUUCAACCGGGCAUAGCCGCAUGAAGUAGGGGUUGCAGCACCCCCUGAUAAAUCUACAUUUAUCAAGCAUCCUCACUCCAAAACAUCUUCCUGCGGCCAUGCCCCCAGGCCAUAGUUCACAACCAGGGACCGAAAAAGGGAUCGUUUUGAUGUUUUUUGGGGGUUUGAAAGGCAUAAAGUGCUGUUUUUCAUGUAUUUGUUCAUGCAGACUUUUGUGCUUAUUUGGAACAGAAUUAUAUACAGUAUUUAAAAAAACUGGUUGAAUCAUCAUUUCAACCCAAAAAUGUAAUGUGAUGUUUAAUCAACGUAGGAAACUGAUUGGAUUUUUAAAUUGAUAGGAUUUUUGUCUUUUUUUCACCCAACUUUUAACCACAAUCAAAUGACAGGGUGGCAUAUUUGGUGGAUUUCACGUUGAAUUCACGUUAGUUGCCAACUCAACCAAAUUAAUAUUAAAACUAGACAUUGAAGUGACUUCUGUGCCCAGUGUGUAUUCAGUUGAAAUGCAUCCUGAAGCGCUUACUGACAUUUAGAAAAGAAAAGAAACUGCUGGGUUUAUUUUGCAAAGUCAAACAAAGCCAAUCCUCCGUUGGCAGAUAUGUCUAUAGACAACAGAAAUAGUUUGUUCUGAAUCCUUUUUUCCUCCCGGUCCCUUUUGAUCAUUGGCAUAAAGCAGUCAGAAUAAAAUAUGUGAUGUCAUUGGCAAUGUUUACAGAUCGCUUUGAGUAAUAGCUAUAGAACGUAUUGUCAGACAGAUGCAUCCUAAUCGCUGAAACAAAUGAUCACAAGAAUCACAGAUGCGGCUUCAUCUAUGUUUGCUGAAGGCAGGCUGAUUUAUUUUUCAUGGGGAAAAUGUGAUAAAACUACUGUCCAACCCCAUCUAACAGAGCACAGUUUAUUCCACAAUCCCAUUGUUUAUGUACCUGUCAUUCUGUUUAACAUGGAGAGAGAGAGAGAGAGAGAGUGUGAGAAUGUCUGGCUGGUGGUUGAUAUGUCAAAACGAACUCUUCGCCCACCCAGCCAGGGAUGCUACUGCCCUCCAACACACACCAUGUGUUCCUCAACAGCCAGGAUACGUGACGAUAUUACGUUCAUGAGAUUAGAGGUUAGCCUGGAAUGGAAUUGCCAAUGUAUGAUAGUGUUAUGCAUUCCAAUUCCAGGUACCUGCCUCUGUCAUGAAAAUAUGUUCUCUCUUAACCAAAAAUGAUUUACCCUGGAAAUCCAAAGCCAGUUGGUUCUCUGUUAUAAUGUUACAAGAACCCUGUUCUAAAUCACAGCUACCAGAUUUCCGAGAAUUGUAUUCCAAACACUGAAUGUAAUUCUAUUCUGAACACAUAUUCCAGUUAUCAUAACCAAUAACCAGAUGCUAUUGAAAACUUUUUCAAUCAAAUGCAGUAUUUCAGUAUUUUGUAGAAAAUGGACUAUACAGCUAUUUUCCUUCCUUUUCCAGGAAACAGGAAUAUUUUAGUUCAAAUAUUUUCAUGUAUACAUGUGCAUGGUCAGACUCCGAUUUUGAAAUUCUGAAUUUGCUAGCUGACGUCAAUCCAGGGAAAGUAGUUUCUUGAGGCAGCCGUCAUCAUUACUAUUAUUAUUAUCAUUCUGUAUACAGUAGAUGUCUCUCAAAGUGUGUCGUAGUCCUCAUACUUCUUUAAUAUAAUACUGCAAUUGAAAAUGGCUCCAGUAUACAGUACACAGACAGCUUCAUAAUGAAUUCCAGUUAAUUGCACAUAUGCUAUUAGUGUAGUCAGCUGUCAUACCACUGACCGUCAGCAACAUCAGUGUAGUCAAAUGUUCUCUUGUUUUUCUUUGUCAUUACCAAAGUAGUUGUGGUCACGAACAUCCUCCAAAGACACAAGCGCAGCUAUCUAGUCGAUAGGCUGUUCUUAUUUCUUGCCCUAUCUCUUUAUUUCAAUAAGAAAUUCUGCUGCUGCCCUUUCUCUUUUUUGAUUGUUUAUUUGGCUUGAUUUGUUUCCUUAAUUGUGCAGAGGGGUCUUGACCGAUUUCUCUCGAUGCAGUUAUAGUUACUAUAACAACGAUGUAUGUAAGUGUUCUUUCUCGGGUAUUUACAAUGUGUUCAUCUUUUGUUGUGAAGGUGUAAGAACCAAAAACAUUUGUAUUUAUUUAGCUGUCUAAGGCACACAGAUUUUUAUAUUUAUCACAUUAUUUAAAGGGUACAGCUUUUAUUGAAGGACACAGGCCCACAUUACCUAUAAUAUAGAUUGAUAAAUAAAUCGAAUUAUGUCCACAAUGUGUCUACUUAAGAUUUUGUGAUGAAAGGUGCGAUACGUAGUUUGAUGUGAUUUUUUUCACUUUUGUUGUUAUGUUUGAUAAUGUUGCAAUUAUCUUUCUUUCCUCUUUCAAAGUCCAAUAAGGAAAAAUUGUAUUUAUUAUGUUUAUGACUUUACUUGUUCAAUGUUGGAAAGCGUUGAGGAAUUGUACAUAGUUUGUAAAAAAACAAAAAAAGCAAUCUAAUGAGAAAAAGUAUAUGUGGAGAGUUCAAGAUAUAUGGAACAGUGCUACUACAUAAAUUGUGCAUUAAAAUGUGUUUUUUUAACAAACCCGAAAAA